CUGGCUUAAGGCCGGUCUAACGUGUCGCCUCCACACAAUAUUGCAACAAACGUGUAUGGCACACUUCAAACUCUAUGGUUACUUUCCUCUUUCCUACACACAGAAAGCCAAGAUUACCAAUUACUUUUAUUUAUUUUUCCACAACACUAGCGGGUAACCACUACACAUGUAACGAAUAAUUUCAGACGGCUAGAAAACAAAAUAAAAAUCGCAAAUUUUCAGUUUUACGGCAAUUGCGACUGAAAUUGCAUUCUGUUCUCUAUACAAAACAAAGGCGACAAUGGGAGUAUAAGACACCGAGCCUACCCAACUACCCAUUUAAAUACAUUUGGUUUGUGGUAAGCCAAUUAAUACUUGUGAAAAUCCCAUUUUCUGCAGCCAUACAUAGAACAAAAAAAAAACAUUGCUCGGUUGGUUGUCGUCAUUGUUUGUACGGGAAAGAAUAAAAAAAAUGAGAUGAACGAAACAAGAAAAAAAUUCUCUUCGGCCAGCAAUCGGAAGAAACGCCUAGUGACUAGUGUAGUAGAAGCAAGUAAUGUCGGCUAGAAAAAAUGUGACCAAACUCAAGUAGAAUUGUAAAAUAAACUCCAAGGCAAACACAACAAAAUUGCGAAAAAAAAAACGAAAAUGAUUUAUGUUAUUUCCCUACGUGGGCACAAUCAAUAUCUAUCAGAGAUCUAUCCUGUGUGAGGUGAUGAAAAGGUCUAUAUUGAUAUUCAAUACACAAGAGCUUCAUUAACACUACCCACUUACCUUGUGUGUUGAGCACUCACCGCAACUCCUGAUCCUCCUGAUUUUGUCUCUGUCUUCAUUGGUGGAUGGUGGUAUUGUUUCUCGACCCACACCCUUAAAAUCAACGAUUCAUCGAAUUUUUGCAGCAAUUAUAUCUAAUACAACAUCAGCAUUAAAUAUGAAUACUAACUCGAAACAAGCAUCGCAAUCUGUCGAAAAUCAAGAUGGAGGAUCUAUCAAUACCACUCACAACACCUCCACCUCGGGCCAUUCAAGUCCGAUUAAUCAUCCAUUGGCAAAAUAUCAAGGUCAAAAAUGGUCUCAGCUAUUCGAUGUUGAAAAAGUUAUCAAACAAAUUCGAAUGGCUGAAAAGAUUCACAUUAAAGGCAAAGGCUCCACAGGUGAUAGCAAUUCUCACAGCAAAUGUUCCAAUAAUGGCGGCAGUUCGCCCACGGGGAAAACCCGAAAACAACAACUACGUCAAGUGCAAAGACUGAGCGGUACCGAUAUGCACUACUACGGCAUUGUACCCAAACAAACUGCAAUGGGUGUUGUGGUGUGUAAUGUCUGCAUGGGCAUUUACACCAAAGUGGGCUUUAAUCAGCAUGUCAUGACGCAUCAUCCCUCGGUCUGGGCCAGCACAUCGGCCAAAUUCACGCCCCCUCCAAUGAGUGAAACGAGUUUUGGCACCAACGACAAUAGUCAGGAUAGUAUUAAGGGUAAUAAUGAGAGCGGCAACUCGAAUAGUGGCAUUCCGGGGACUGCGGAAAUAAAUUCUCCUUCCGAUUUAUCGGGUACCAUUUCAACGUGUUCAAAUGCUUCGUCCAGUUCUAUGUCGACAACGUCAUCGGCCGCUGUUGUAACGAAUCAUAAUACCUCCUCACACACAAGUUCGACGACGACGACGAGUUCACGGCAGAAAAGUGGCUCGAAAUCGGGGAGUAAUUCUGGAGGACGUUCACGAAGUAAAAGCAAACAUCAUAGCUCUUCCUCAUCCGCAACAGCGGCGUCUGCGGCGGCGGACGCUUCGCAUUCAUCUUCGUCGCGUGCCACAACGCCAGUAACAACACAGACACCCAGCAAAAAGAGCUCCUCCAAAAAGAGUUCCUCCUCGAGCAGUUCCACGGCUGCAGUUGCCGCAUCUCCAAAAGAAAAUGUCGAAACCAAGCUAUUGGCUGCUGGAAGUCCAAAUACCACGGCAUCAACACCUACUUCGUUACCUAAAUCCUCCACGCCCACGGUUACUGGUACAACAUCAUUGCCCACAGUUUUGGAUACUUCACAGUCGACUAGCAGUAGAAAUGUUGCUCUUUUCGGGUCAUCUUCCUCGUCCUCCUCUUCAUCAUCCUCUUCGUCGUCCUCCUCCUCAUCGUCCUCUUCUUCGUCAUCAUCCUCGUCGAACUCUUCAUAUUCCUUGCCACCCACGCCCAAAAUGAUGACACCCAAUCUGCAGGACAGCGGUACACCCAUCACGGGUGUAAUGGGUAUUAUAUCUGAGGCAUCGCCAACCACCUCCUUAUCUCCCAAGGCCAUGGAUAGUGCCAGCAAGGAUAAAAUGAAUGGUCAACAUUUUGAAAAGAAAAAGGUUAAAAGUCCGGCAACCUUUAACCUCAAUGAGGCUGGCAUGGAAACGGCGGUAACAAAUGAGGUCUCCUCUAAGUCCAUGUCAAUAAUGCCAAACCCACAGCAACCCGGCCAACAGCUCAAUCAGUAUGAAGCUCAAAUCAGUGAACUGAAUCAGGCGGUGUCAUCCAUCACAAAUUGCCCUGGAGUUUCUGCGGGUAUUCACACUGCCGGUGGUGUGCCUGAUCAUGCUGAUAACAAAAUCAAUGGUGGCACCUUGCCCCAAACAAAUUUGGAUGCCAAUAGCUUGACCAUGAAAUUGGAAGCCACAACUGCUGGCAGUGUUGCUGAGGGAUGUAAUAAUAUAAUGACUGGUGUUGCUUCCGGGCAGCAGGAAAUCAUGAACACCUCUGCCGACGACGGUCAAAUGGUUCAUAAUUCCUCCGAUGAUAGUGCCAUGCUUAAUCAUGUAUUGGAAUCUAUGCUUGAUUGUAAACUAAUAAAUGAAAUUCUAAAUGCAGAAACUGAAACAGAGAUUAAUUUUGAAAAUGUUUUGAAUGAAGCGAAUAAUGCGAAUGGCUCUGCAACCACAACACAAACACAAAUGAUGCUGCAACAGCAACAACAGCAGCAGCAACAAACCUCUCACCAGGCUGUCUAUAUGGAACAGCCGCUGACAAAACGGAUGCGUUAUGACGAUGCAACCGAUCACAAUCAGCAACAGAUGGCGACUGUGGUCACAGGCCAAGACAUGGGGGAUUUUUCGGUAUACCCCCAGCAGCAACAACAUCCGAAUCAAUCCCAAUAUGCCCAAUACGAUAACGGGACAAUGGGUAAUUCCAUGACUAUAGAUGCUGGACAAUAUCAGCAAACCACAAUAGACCCCAUGCAAUUGCAGUUGCUUUACCAACAGCAGCAGCAGCAACAACAGCAACAAGCUAUGGAUCCCACAAACUAUGGUACACCAAAUUCCAUGGUAAAUACUCUAAACCUAACAACAGUUCCUCAAAAUCAACAUCCACAAAUGUAUGAGACAAAUGGCACUGCCACCAUGGUGGAUACCAAACAAAUUCUAGAAUUAUGUUCCAAUGCUGCUGUUGCCGGCCAACAAGCCAAUAAUGAACUGGUAAAAACUGCCGCAGGAGAUUUUGUUAGCCUACCCGAAGAUGUGACACAACAAUUUCAAUUAUUCAAUGUUCCUUCGUUGACGGACGACAUGGAUGUGACAACGACAACGGGUGUUAAUCCCCAGCAAGUGACUCAUCACAUUGUGGAACGGCAGUAUGUAAUGCCCGGCGGUCAGGGUGAUGAAGAGCAGUUGAUUUAUGCGAUAACCACAACAAACAAUGGAGGCGUAGCGGAUAUGAGUCAACAACAUCAACAACAAGUAUUGGCUGAAUUUUUAAAUCAGGCCGCCACAAGCUAUGAACAGCAACAGCAACAAUUGCAACAGCAACAAAAUCAGGCUACUACCAUUAUUUUACAAGAAAAUAAUAAUGGUUAUACGACGACAGCGACGACGUCGGUCAAUGCCAAGCCUUGUGAAAUGCUCUUCGAUGACCUUUUGGAGUUCGAUUAUAGUUUAGUGGAAACCGUCAAAUCUCUGAGCAGCAGCUCAAGCAGUAGCAGCUCGUCAUCCGGUAUUAAAAGUGAAACUAACAAAACAAGCAACGGCGAGGGCCAAUCUUCGUUGCGUUACCACCAUCAUCAUCACAACAAUGAAGACUUCUAUUACAAUGUGUUCUUUUAUUCGGGUAUACCCCGGCCUAUGGCCAUCAAUAGCUUUGGUCUCAUUAAGCUACCUCAGGAUAUGGCCACCACGUUUCGCAAGCAUUUGCUGACAGCACGCAAAGCCAAUAAUAAUAGUCUGAUGGCAGCAUUGGGUGGCGGCGGCGGCAGCGGAGUUGUCAUGAAUGGUAUGGUGGGGCAAACAAACACGACAUCGUCAGCUGUUGGUGGACGGUUUGCUGCGGCCAAACAAGUUCCAGGUUAUUUUGGUAACAGCAACACCUCGACAAAUCUUAUGAAUCAACAUACCAGUCAGAACAACAAUUCUAACUUGAACAACAAACAAAAUGCCAAUACAUUGGAGAAUAACUUUAAAACUUCAGCCAUGGCAACGUCCAAUUCAUCAUCGGUUUUGUCGUCAAAUUUGAAACAGAAAUCAUUCACCAAUCGCACAUUGUCCACAAUUGGUGGCGGCGGCGCUGCUGCUGCGGCUGUUUGUCCCUAUAAUGCAAAAACAAUUAUUGUCAGCAGUGCUGCAGCCAUAAGUUCUGAAAGGAAUUUAAAAUUCAUAAAACGCAGCAUCAUUGCCAAGGUUCAAGAUUUGAAGCCAACAUCAUCAUUGACAUCUCAACAAUAUACUGUAAAAAAAUUGACUGAUAUGCUUAAUGGCAAGAAGCCAAACACAAAUAGCAACAAUAGUUCAUCAUCUUCCGCUGCCAGCGCUGCUGCUGCUGCUGCAUCGUGCAAUGAUACAACAAAUCCUAAUAUUGAUAUGAAUUCUGAGAUGGCCGUUGAAAAACAAGCCCGUAUCAAUCCUGUUAAUCGUUUCUAUGAACGUAGACGAAAAUUAAUGAAUAUGACAAAGCGACAACAACAGCAGCAGCAACAAAACAAUAGACAUGCUCCCUAUCAAAUAGUUGCAUAGAUGCAUUGAAAAUUUGAAGAAAUUAAGACAGUUUUUCUCUAAAUCUUAUCCUCCCUCAACACACACACACUCUUUGUCUCUUUACAAAUUUCGAAUUAUAUUCAUUAGAUUUCAAUAUUUCUAUUUGCAAGACGUACUCACUGUUCUGAUGGUAUAGGACUUGCUCUUUUCUUUUACAAGAAAAAAAAAACAAAGAAAUCAUUUUAUUCUGCUUUAUUUAGGGCAACAGUGAAAUUUGAUAAAUACUCCAAUUCUUGAUUCCUUGAGAGAUUUCUAUUUGUAUUCAAAUCUUGUUUUGAUUUAAAGGUCUUAGCAAAAAUCCCAAGUAUGGUGAGCACAGAUGUAGGUUUUUUUUGGGAAUAUGUUCCAGAAACAAGUUAGAAUUGUUAUGGCUAUAAUUUUUGACAUUAUUUCAGUCAGAAAACGGAGUAGAAAUGUAGAAGAAAAUUAAUCCAACUUAUCCCAAGAAAUGCAAUAAACAUUCUGCAGCAUUUAAAUGUUCAGAAGAUUUGGGUAUUUUUUCUAUAUAUAACCCUGGUAUGAGACAUUUUAUGUACCUAUAUCAUCUUUUAUGAAUCAGAUUUAUUUCAAAAUUCUGAUCAAAUGGGAUCUGCAUCAGCGAUGACCAACAAAUCUAAUUGCCCUUUUUCCCAGAGAAAUGACGAUGAGCAAUUUUUGUAAUUCGAAAAUAUUGUAAACUUUAAACUACAAUAGAAUAUUAAUACUUAUUUAUUUCAUUUUUUCUAUUUCCCUUUCUUUCCAAUUAAAACGGCUUUUCAAUUGAAAUAAUGUUAAGACCAAUACAGAUGCACAGCAACAUAAAAAAAUUACUCACUCUUAUCUAUCUAUGGUAUAUCUAUAUAUAAUUUUCACUAUCUGCCUUAAUCUUAAUUUAUUAUCUGUUUUACAAACAAACCAACAAAAAAAACCUAGUUUUAUAUUUAAAAAAAUAUAUAUUCCACAAAAAAAGAAAAAUAAAUACCAUUUCUGAAUGUGUUAAAUGUUUAAAAAAUAUUAUUAUAAUUUAAAAGACUACAAGUCUUUUUAAACCCCUAUACCAAGCGUUGGAUAUAUUAUAUUGAGUUUUACUUCUAAUAUUCUUUUAACUUGUGGUCUUUAUUUUUCUAUCUAUAAAUAUAUAUAUGAUGUAAAAUUUGUAUCUAUUAUCUUAACAAUUGUCUCAUAAAGAAAUAGUUUAUAUUUAGUUUAAAGAAAAGUAAAACAAAAAC